AUGUCCACGGCCGCCGACACCCCACAGGCGGCCAUCGUCGCGCAGCAGCCGAGCCACGACUACAAGGGCUUCGUCGCCGGCGUGGGCAGUGGUAUUUCCAAGCUCGCAGUCGGCCAUCCGUUCGACACAGUCAAAGUGCGGCUGCAGAGCUCCGACCGCUUCGCCGGGCCGCUCGAGUGCGUGCGGCAGACGGUGCGUCUCGAGGGCGUGCGCGGGCUGUACAAGGGCGCGACGCCGCCGCUCGUCGGGUGGAUGCUGAUGGACUCUGUCAUGCUGGGCUCGCUGAGCGUGUACCGGCGGCUGGUGGCGCAGCACGUGUACCACGUCGACACCUGGGCGCCGGGCACGCUGCUGCCCGCGGCGGCGGCGCUGCCCCCGGUCGGCCACGGGCUCGCCGGCAUCCUCGCCGGCGCCACCGUCUCCUUCAUCGCCGCGCCCGUCGAGCACGUCAAGGCGCGGCUGCAGAUCCAGUACGCCGCCGCCAAGGCCGGCCGGCUGUACGCCGGACCGCUCGACUGCCUCGCCAAGAUAUACCGCCACCACGGCGUCCGCGGCGUGUACCACGGGCUCGGCGCCACGCUGCUCUUCCGCGGCUUCUUCUUCUUCUGGUGGGGCUCGUACGACCUGCUGUCGCGCUGCAUGCGCCGCCACACGAGCCUCAGCGCGCCCGCCGUCAACUUUUGGGCGGGCGGCCUCUCGGCGCAGGUCUUUUGGCUCACGUGCUACCCGGCGGACCUGGUCAAGCAGCGCGUCAUGACGGAUCCGCUCGGCGGCACGCUCGGGGAUGGGCGCAGGCGGUAUGCGACGUGGCGCGCGGCGGCCGUGGAUGUGUAUCGCGAGGCGGGUUGGAGGGGCUACUGGCGCGGGUUUUUGCCGUGCUUUUUGCGCGCGUUUCCGGCGAAUGCGGUCGCGUUGGUUGCGUUUGAGGGGCUGAUGAGGACGUUGCCGUAG